AUGAGUUCUCCUAUCGACAGUUAUCUUACAAGUGCUUUGAACGACGCCAGAAAGGAUAAUUCCGGAGAGCUUGCCAGCUAUAUCGAUGUCUUGGCUACAGCGGACGACUCCAAAUUGGCUGCGGCGCUGGCGACCGUAGACGGGAACCUAUACUCCGUCGGGGAUGUCAAUCAUGAAUUCUCUAUACAGUCCAUUUCCAAAGCCUUCGUUUAUGCUCUGGCCAUUAAGGAUGCCAACCUGUCACAUGUCUUGAGUAAGAUUGGGGUUGAACCAUCCGGCGACUCAUUUAACAAGUUGUCGUUACAACCUGGCACCAACCGGCCAAUGAACCCCAUGAUCAAUGCCGGUGCGAUUGCCGCCCACACACUAGUCAGUGGGAAUUCCAUGGAGAAGAGAGUGGAUCGCAUAUUGGGGGAAUUGUCCAGAUUGGCAGGCCGGGAGUUGCAAGUGGAUGAAGAAGUCUACCAGGCCGAGCUCAAGGAUGCCAAUCGAAACAUGGCAAUCGGCUACAUGCUCAAGGCAGCAGGAAUCAUUUCAUGCGAUCCCCAGGAGGCCGUGAGCGGCUAUAUUCGCCAAUGUUCUAUCAAAGUCAAUGUGCGCGACCUGGCUAUGAUGGCAGCGACUCUGGCCAAUCGCGGCAUACGUCCCGAUACCAAAGAGGAGAUCAUGCCAUAUGAAAGCGCCCGCCAGGUGCUGUCCGUCAUGACCACCUGUGGCAUGUACGAUGCUACGGGUGACUGGAUCUCUAGAGUCGGCAUACCCGCAAAGAGUGGCGUAUCCGGCGGUAUCAUUGGCACUCUUCCCGGUCAAGUCGGCAUUGCCGUCUUCUCCCCUAGACUGGACCAUCGUGGCAACAGUGUCCGAGGUCUCAGGAUAUUUGAGUAUCUCUCAUCCACGAUGGACCUACACAUGAUGGAUAUCAUCCAGGUUGCCAGAGCCAGCUUGCAUACAAGCAAAGUGAACUCUGAGGGCGGCGCCAUGCAAGACGUGCGCAUCUUCAGUCUGCGAAGUGCAGUCCGUUUUGUGGGCUCUGAACGCCUUACACGUGCUAUUAUGAGCGAAUUGAACCCGAGCCCUGUUGUCCCCGGUUUUGGACAGCACACAAACGCUUGUGCCAUUAUCCUCUCGUUUCAAGAUGCUUAUUCCCUCAACGCAAUCGCGCACCAAAUUAUUAGUGACAAUAUACGCCUUCUUCUUGAGAAUAAGAAGAAUUUUGUGGUGAUAGAUCCUGGCAAGGUCCUAAAGAUUGAGGGGAACCCUGCGUUUAUCUCGAAAUCUCCUGUUGUGGUCGAAAGUCAAGACGAGGCGUUUGGAAAAAUUUGGGGUGAGAGCCACAAGGUUGUUGCUGGACACUAG